AUUGUUGGAGGGAAUGACGCCACCCGGCUUUGCGACGUCCAUUCCGUUUCCGUUUCUGUGGCGUUGAUGGUCGUCUACUCGAUAAAUAAUUGCAUUCAAUAAUACGUUUUCAGUUUAAAACUAAUCUUACCGAUUCGCAGGCAUUCCGCUGAUACUUCCUUCUUACGAAAAUGACUGAAGAAAAGAAAAUAGUUUCUACCGCUGCACCGAGAAAAACUAAGAUCUUUGUCGGCCGACUGCCAGAAAAUUGUCGAAACGAUGAAUUGCGUCAGUUGUUCCUACGCUUUGGCGAAGUCACAGAGUGUGAUGUGAUGAACCGUUACGGAUUUGUUCAUAUGGCACGGGAAGAGGAUGCAGCAACGGCAAUCAAAACUCUUCACAAUUCAAGUUUCAAAGGAGCAACCAUCAACGUCGAACAAUCGACAGGAAAAUCUCGAGGGGGUGGCGGCGGGGGUGGUGCUCGGAGAGACGGCGAUCGUCGGGGUGGUCCUAUGAGAGGGGGACGCGGAGGUCGGGACGGAGGUCGUGACGGACGACCGGGACCAUAUAAUGAUCGUCGAGGUGGUAGCCGGGAUGGCGGUUUUGGUGGCAAUGAUCGAGGUGGAAGGGGUGACUUUGGCAGAAGAGGUGAUUUCGGCAGCAGCAGAAAUGGUCCCGGUGCCGGGGGUGGUUACAACGACUACGGUAAUCGGGGAGGUGGCGAUUACACUGGUCGUGGCGCUGAUUUCGGAGGCGGAUACAACGAUCGUGGUGGUUACGGACAAAAUAGCGGAAGUGGUCUAGGAGGGUACUCGACAAGCUCACCAGGAAUGGGAGGAGCAUACGGCCCUGCUUCAGGGGUUUCUGGAGGAUACGGACCUACCGCGACACCGGAGUAUGGACGAGGUGCAGACUUUGGUCGAGCUGCAGACUUUGGAGCAAGAGCAGAUUUUGGGGGCCGAUCUUCAGCGAGUAUGGGAGGUGACUUCAGUCGUGGUGGCCCAGCUGAUUAUGGUCGAAGUGACACAUUUGGUGGCGCUCGUACUGCCGAUUAUCCACCAAGAAACGAUUACGAUCGCGGGGUAUCAGGACCGAUGAGGAAUGGAGGUGCCACAGCAGCUUAUGGCGGAGGUUUCACAGAAGCUGGGGGUUUUCCAGCAGGGUCAGGAGUUAUAACUAAAAGUCAAGGGGAAACUGGGGGAUUUACUCAGGAUGGACCAAUGCAAUUCAACAGGAACGAAGAGACUCCCCUUACUAAUUUUCCUCUAUUUGACAGGCCUAUUGGUGCAGUACCCAAUUAUAGCACAGGUCCCGGGCCACAAGCGGACAUGUUUAGCAGAAGACCGGGAAGUGCCGCUCCUAGCGGAGGGUACCCUCCAGUCGGUGGAGGUUACAGCGACGGAUAUGACAGAACGGAUCCCUAUGGUCCAAGGAGUGCCGGGCGCUUCCCAGGUCCGGCAGACUCGAUGCCGCCGAGGUACUAAAGUACUAUACCGAUCGGUAGCGUUCGUCGGAGACAAAUAAAUACCUUGCGGCGAUUAGCGUGCGGUUAUAAACCUGCGCCACAACUAUUUCGAUCUACCCUGUGUAUGAAACAAAAAAAACGCAGUCCACUCAAUUAUGAAUUAAUGCAACCUUAAUGUAUAAUUUAUAUUAAACUUAAAAUAACCAUUUUAAGAUACCUAUCAUAAGAUGCAGUUAGACCGAAAAAAAUUAUUAACGCAUAGCUUAGAUUUAGGUUCAUAGCGACACUAUGUUAGUAUUAGAUUCCCACGACAAUUAUUGUGUAGCAAAAGUGAAUGGGUUUCGCGUGACUAUCGCUAACCGUUCGAUAUAAAAUUUUAUACCCCGAAUCGAGUUUCGUUGAGAAUUAGUUUUGUUGCCAGGUUUAUCUCACGUAUUGUAGAGAACGUAUUUUGCUGACGACAGUGUUGGUUUUUUAACUGAAAUAAUAUUCCAUUCAGGCAUAGACCAAAGGCCAACAGUUUGAAACCUUACUGAAUAUAAGAUUUUUCAUUUCCCUAGUUAGCGUAGGAUCGCAGUGGAAAGGGUAAACAUGAGAUAUGAGGGACAUGCUGUGUAUCAUUUAUUUUUAUUUUUUAUUUUUUUUUUUUUUUUUUUAUACAUGUAACAAUUAUGUCUGACUGUUCAUCAAUAAACCGAAAACGUCAUUGAGAUGA